UAUUCAGCACCUUACAUGUAUGUGUAUAAAACUUGGCCAAAAAAGAAUUCAAUUGCAAAUAACAUUAAUUUCCCAGCUUUCUUUCAUAAGCAGUAAACAGGUACGGUUCUGACAUGGCUACUAUUUAGCACGCUAGUAUGCACGUUUUUAUACGUCGUGACGUCAUUGCGCGUCAUUGCGGAAGUUCAGGGUUGAGGCUGGAGUUGUUAGGUUCGCUAGUGAACAUUAAUAGUAGCUUAUUAGCUGUCAACAAGACUGAAACAUGUCAGGGGACAAAGAUGAAGAAGAGACUGCACUACCUUGUGUUCUGAUAACAAGUUGUGACCCGGGGUUUAAGGAAGAGGAGCUUGUCAGGCAGGUCUUGGGGGCAUCAUCAUUACCAGAACCCACUAAAAAGGAGGAUGUAGUGGUUUGGUAUCCAUGGACAAUCAACAACAAGUACUACACUGCGGAUGUCAGCCUUUGUGUUGUGCCAAGUCCGUUCAACAUGAAUUCAGAAGUUGCCCAAUCCACGCAGGCUUUCAUUGUCUAUUUUGACAGUAACUCUAAAGAUGGCCUCACCGCUGUCACUCCAUGGGUUGCACUGGUGGAGGAAAUGGCUCCUGAGGUGCUCAUCUUGGUGUGUGACCAUGUUUGUGAAAAUGGUGUAAACAGACAAGAAGCUCAGCAGUGGUGCCUGGCUCAUGCGUUUGAACUGGUGGAGCUCAACCCUGAGGACCUGCCUGAUGAGGACGAUGACUUUCCAGAGUCCACAGGAGUGAAGAGGAUCAUUCAGGCUCUGAAUGCUAAUGUGUGGUCCAGUGUGGAGAUGAAGGAUGAACACAAUCAGGGAUUUGGUCUGAUGAGCAGUUUGGUUGCAUCUCGUCACAACAACCCACGACCUAUAGCAGAAACACAGAGUCAGUCUAACAGUGCGGAUGAGAACACAGAAGGACCGAAGACAGGAAGCGGUCAGAACAGUACAGAGGAAGUAGACUCAAUAGUAGACCCGAUGACUGACAUGGACAUUCGGGAGUUGGCCAACCUCACAGCUGGAGAUGCAGAUGUGGACAACUUUGAGCGUCUCUUUACUAAACUGAAAGAGAUGAAAGACAAAGCUUCUUCGUUGCCACACGAGCAAAGGAAGGUGCAUGCAGAAAAGGUAGCCAAAGCAUUUUGGAUGGCAAUCGGCGGGGACCAGGACGAGAUUGACGGUUUGUCUUCAGGGGAAGAGAGCUAAAGCAGAGUUCCAUUCCCCAGCACCAGUCUUCGCCCAUAAUCCUCCAACACUGCCGCGUGAUUUGCAGCCUGACUCUUUGGCACCAAGAAAUAUGUCUGGGCAAGGUGGGACGAGAGAGGCUCCUCAUGAUACUCUGGUUAUUCCUCUCUCUAACACCAGCACCUCAGUAACCGAUUGCACAGCCAUUAUGGGCUGCUGGCUUUUAAAACCUCUAAGUUGGAUGGGAGACGGUGCGGCCACCAAGACAUUACCCAAAACUACUCUGGAUUGGGUCUAAUCCAAGUCCAUCCACAUAUUGCAUUAUUGCCCUAGAAGUGUGAGUGUGUGUGUGUGAGUGUGUACACAAGCUCUCUUUUGCUAUGAGGGCAGAAGGUGUUUACUAGUUUGUUUUUGAAUUACCAUGUUGUCCAUAAUUGCUGUCCAGAAUACAAAAAGGUCAUAAUUAUGGACAAAGCAGUAUGGUUGGUUGUUUGAUCUUUCAAAUAAUUUGUCAAAAUAACCUUGCAUUUUUAUAGUCACAAUCUGACUAAACUGCACUAUUAAUAAUUAACAUUUCUGACAGAAAAUAUUAUUCAUUAAAUUGUCUUUGUCUCUGUAAAGAAUAUGUCUGUGGCAUGUGUGGAACAGAAAAGAUGUUUGGAAAAAAUUAUAUACAGAAGAGCCCUACAUACAAGAUGCCAAAAGCUAUAAUAAAUCCAGUUUAAAAUACA